AUGUCCACCACUACCACCGAGAUCGAACCUCAAGCUACCAGCUCUCGACCAGCUAGUAUAGGCGAAAGGCCAGAUGACCUGGAAUUGAUGGGUAUCACAUCUGUCAUCUCUCGAGAGGCGGGCGAGAGGGAUCCGCUGCUAUUAAGAGAUAAACUCAUAAGUGAUGCUCAUCUAGAGGAAAUACGACAACGUAAGAAAGGAGGAGGAGGGAAAUUAGCAGAUUUCUACGAGACUCAAAAUUCCCGAAUUAACGAUUUACUCAAACCUUUGCAUACAUUAUCUCAAGAAGCUGAACAAGAUGCAGCUGAUAAUGCUCUAAAAGUCAAAUUGGCCGUGAAUAUCUCUUUCGGAUGCAAUAUAGUGUUGGCUAUAGUGCAGCUGUACGCUGCGAUAAGUAGUGGUUCGUUAGCUUUGUUUGCGAGUUGCGUAGAUGCUGUCGACCCAUUUGCGAAUCUCAUCCUGUGGGCAGCCCACAGAGCAUCAGAUAAGGCUGAAGAAAAGAAAUGGCCAGUGAGAGGAUCAAGAUUCGAGACUAGUAUGUUCGAUCCUUUCUCGCCGUUGAUACUAGUCGAUAAAGCUGAUCAUGGUACCCAUAGUUAUGUAGUCUACGGUACAAUCAUGGGAGGAGUUAACGUCAUCCUUAUCGUCAUGUCCAUCCAAGAAUUCGUAACUCACAAAGGGGACGAUCUGCAGAAAUUCCACUUACCAUCCAUUUUAUCGGUCUGUGUUGCUUUCGCCGUGAAAUUCUCUUUGUUCCUAUAUUGCAUGGCAAUUAGAAAAUCGUCGUCUCAAGUACAGGUAUUAUGGGAAGACCAUAGAAAUGACCUGUUAACUAACGGUUUUGGUAUAUUGACUGCCGCUGGUGGUGCCAAAUUGGCUUGGUGGAUCGAUCCUAUGGGUGCGACUAUCAUCGCUAUCUGUAUUAUCACAGUCUGGACAAGAACGGUAUAUGAACAAUUCACUUUCCUAGCAGGUAUCGCGGCCCCAACAGAAUUCAUAAACCUCGUAACAUACAAGGCCCUCACAUUCUCCGAACACAUCACCUCAGUCGAUACAGUCAGAGUGUACCAUUCUGGACCUAACUACUUUGUCGAAGUGGACAUUGUCUUACCUCCCGAUAUGCUCUUGUGGAAAGCGCAUGAUAUAGCUCAAGAUUUGCAGGAUCAGAUUGAAAGGUUGAAGCAGGUAGAUAGGUGUUUCGUGCAUGUAGAUCACGAGGUGGAUCAUAAACCUGAACAUCGAAAGAACGUCUAA